AGCGGCUCGGUGCAUCUCCAGCAUCCUCACCAAAGACACCCAGACAACAGAGCCAUUUUGACCGCUUCGCCUCACUAAACAGCAGCCGAACGACCAACUUACUUCAUCCGUGUUGAGGAGAAAACCGGUUAAGGCGGAGGGGGCGGAUGUUCUUUCGGGCUUUGGGGCAGAACCCCUCGCUGACAUCCUCCUCCCGUCCCGUCCUGAUGAAGGGGAGAGGCUGGUGACAGUCUUGGAGGAGAGCGGCGGAAGUGGAGGUAUCCACGGUGGGCUGGAUGUAAAACCUACAAACACGACAGACACGUUCAGUUCUCAGGAGCUGUUCGCAGGGACCUACUCACACCUCCCCCUUACCUGGGCACUGGAGAAGGCACCUGAAGGUGCUUAGAAGAACACAUCAUGGCAGGGGCUUCUGUGAAGGUAGCGGUGCGGGUCCGCCCCUUCAAUUCAAGAGAGACCGAAAAAGAGAGCAAAUGCAUCAUCCAAAUGUCUGGAAACACCACCACCAUCAUCAACCCUAAGCAGGCCAAAGACAACAAGAGCUUCAACUUUGAUUACUCCUACUGGUCGCACACAACGCCCGAGGAUGUCAAUUAUGCCUCCCAGAUGCGUGUGUACCAAGACAUUGGAGAGGAGAUGUUGCUUCAUGCCUUUGAAGGAUACAACGUCUGCAUCUUUGCAUAUGGCCAGACGGGUGCGGGCAAAUCCUACACAAUGAUGGGAAAGCAGGACGUCAAGGAUCAGCAAGGAAUCAUUCCACUGCUUUGUGAAGAUCUUUUCACAAAGAUCAAUGAUAAUACAGACAACAGCCUGUCCUACUCUGUAGAGGUUAGCUACAUGGAGAUCUACUGUGAGCGUGUGCGGGACCUGUUGAACCCUAAAAACAAAGGGAACCUCCGCGUUAGAGAACAUCCUCUGAUGGGUCCCUAUGUUGAGGACUUGUCCAAACUGGCUGUAACUUCAUACAAUGACAUCCAGGAUCUAAUGGACUCCGGCAACAAGGCCAGGACUGUGGCUGCCACCAACAUGAACGAGACCAGCAGUCGCUCACACGCAGUUUUCAACAUCAUAUUUACUCAGAAACGCUUUGAUGCAGAGACUGACAACACCUCUGAAAAGGUCAGCAAAAUAAGCUUGGUGGAUCUGGCUGGCAGCGAGAGGGCUGACUCUACUGGAGCCAAAGGAACCAGGCUUAAGGAAGGAGCGAAUAUAAACAAGUCUUUGACCACACUGGGAAAAGUCAUAUCUGCUUUGGCCGAAGUGGAUUCUGGGCAGAAUAAGAACAAAAAGAAGAAAAAAGUGGAAAGCUUUAUUCCCUACAGAGAUUCAGUGUUAACUUGGCUCCUGAGAGAGAAUUUAGGGGGAAACUCUCGGACUGCCAUGGUUGCUGCUCUGAGUCCAGCUGACAUCAACUACGAUGAAACCCUCAGCACACUCAGGUAUGCCGACCGUGCCAAACAGAUUCGCUGUAACGCCGUCAUCAAUGAGGAUCCGAAUAACCGACUGGUGCGUGAGCUCAAAGAGGAGGUGUCUCGCCUGAAAGACCUGCUGUAUGCCCAGGGACUGGGUGACAUCAUUGAGACCUAUCGAGCAACUGGCGUUGAUAUCGAGGGUUUGAAAUUGACCAAUGCCAUGACUGGGAUGAGCCCAUCGCCAUCCCUCUCUGCCUUGUCCAGCCGUGCCGGCUCUAUCGCCAGUCUACAUGACCGCAUCAUGUUCAGCCCAGGCAGCGAGGAGGCCAUCGAAAGGCUGAAGGAAACUGAGAAAAUAAUUGCUGAACUGAAUGAGACCUGGGAAGAGAAGCUCCGCAGGACGGAAGCCAUUAGAAUGGAAAGAGAGGCGCUACUAGCAGAAAUGGGUGUUGCAAUACGUGAAGAUGGUGGCACUGUUGGGGUAUUCUCUCCUAAGAAGACGCCUCAUUUGGUGAAUCUGAAUGAGGACCCCUUAAUGUCUGAGUGCUUGCUGUACUACAUUAAAGAAGGAAUCACCAGGGUGGGCCGUUUGGACGCCAGCAGCCGUCAAGACAUUGUCCUCAGCGGUCAUUUCAUCAAUGAUGAGCACUGCACCUUUACAAGAUCUUCUGGUCCAUCGGGGGAAACAGUUGUCCUAGAUCCAUGUGAGGGAGCUGAGACCUACGUCAAUGGGAAGAGAGUGACGGAGCCAACAGUGCUGAAGUCAGGAAACCGCAUAAUCCUGGGGAAAAGCCAUGUGUUCCGGUUUAACCACCCUGAGCAGGCCAGGGCUGAAAGGGAAAGGACUCCCUGCGCAGAAACCCCUGCUGAGCCCGUCGACUGGGCGUUUGCACAGAGAGAGCUGUUGGACAAGCAGGGCAUUGACAUGAAACAGGAAAUGGAACAGAGGCUUCAGGAGUUGGAGGAGCAGUACCGCAAAGAAAGAGAAGAGGCCAACAAUCUUCUAGAGCAGCAGAGACUGGACUAUGAAAGCAAGCUUGAAGCUCUGCAGAGGCAGGUGGACCGUUGUUACCCAGAAAUCACUGAAGAAGAGGAGGAACCUGAAGAAGAAGUUCAGUGGACAGAGAGGGAGAGGGAGCUGGCUCUGUGGGGCUUCAGGAAGUGGAGGUGCUACCAGUUCACCUCACUCAGGGACCUGUUAUGGGGAAACGCCAUUUUUCUCAAAGAGGCCAAUGCCAUCAGUGUCGAACUCAAAAAAAAGGUCCAGUUCCAGUUUGUGUUACUCACAGACACCCUCUACUCUCCACUUCCUCCUGACUUGUUGCCCCCUGAGGCGACUCAAGACAGAGAAAACAGACAUUUUCCUCGCACUAUUGUGGCUGUGGAAGUCCAGGAUCAAAAAAAUGGAGCAACUCACUUCUGGACAUUAGAGAAAUUAAGGCAAAGGCUGGAGCUCAUGCGGGAGAUGUACGACCGUGCUGCUGAUGUACCCAACAAUGCCACAGAUGAAGGUGAAAAUGUCAUGACAAGAGGCGACCCUUUUUAUGAUCGCUUCCCAUGGUUCAGGCUGGUUGGCAGAAAUCCCAUUUUCAACACGUGCAUGAGCGAGCGCAUGAGUGACCCUACCCCGUCCCCGACCCUUUCCACCUCUGAAAUUACUGAGCUGGCUGACUCGCAGAGGGAGGGUCGAGGGGAGGAGGAGGAGUUGGAGGAAUUGGAAGACCUGGAUGAUGAUAUCUUUUUGGAUGACCCGUGCUUGGAGCUCGGGGCAGAAGAUGAUGAUGAUGAUGAUGAUGAUGAUGAUGUUGGAGAGCUCUGCCGAGGCUCCAGCAAAGGCCAGGAUCCCUUUUACGACCGCUCUCCAUUAUUCAGUGUAGUGGGAAGGGCCUUUGUUUAUCUCAGCAACCUGCUGUACCCGGUUCCUCUUGUGCACCGCGUGGCCGUCGUCAGCGAGAAAGGAGAGGUGAAGGGCUUCCUGCGCGUGGCGGUACAGGCCAUAUCAGGUGCUCUGUGUUUCCCUCCAGCUGAUGAGGAAGCCCCCGACUACGGCUCAGGCGUGAGACAAUCCGGCACCGCUAAGAUCUCAUUUGAGGAUCAGCAGUACGAGAAGUUCCAGUCUGAGUCCUGUUCUGUUGGAGUGGGACUGUCCCGCACAGGGAUCUCUCAGGAGGAACUUCGCGUUGUGGAGGGAGAAGGCCAAAACAAUGAAAUCAGCCCAUCAGCUGAUGAAGUCAACAACAACACAUGUGCGGCUGGUUCAGAUGAGUUGGAGAACCCAGAGAAGGCCGGUAUCGAUGCAGCUCUGGAACACCUGAAGAUUGGAAACAUCUUCACAUUUAGGGUGACCGUCCUGCAGGCCUCCAGCAUUUCUGCAGAAUACGCAGACAUCUUCUGUCAGUUCAACUUCAUCCAUCGGCAUGAUGAGGCCUUUUCUACCGAACCGCUGAAGAACACGGCCCGCGGCCCUCCUCUUGGCUUCUACCAUGUGCAGAAUAUUGCUGUUGAGGUGACCAAAUCCUUUGUGGACUACAUCGGGACUCAGCCGAUCAUCUUUGAGGUGUUUGGACACUACCAGAAACAACCUUUUCUUCCGCUCUGUAAAGAUGUCAGCAGUCCUCUGCGCCCGUGUAAGAGGCAGUUCCCACAGGUGAUGCCUCUUUCCAAACCAGUGCCUGCCACCAAGCUGAAGGCCAUGACACGUCCACAGGCGGGGCCCUGCCACUGUAAACACGAUCUGAUGGUGUUCUUUGAGAUCUGCGAGCUUGAGGCCAACGGAGAUUACAUCCCUGCUGUUGUAGACCACAGAGGAGGCCUGCCAUGCCAGGGUACAUUCCUGCUGCAUCAGGGCCUCCAGAGGAGGAUUGCCAUCACAAUCGUGCAUGAAUCUGCUGGAGACAUAGAGUGGAACGACGUCCGGGAACUCGUUGUGGGGCGUUUGCGAAACACCCAGGAAGCUGACGAGACCAUCAUCGACCCAAAUAUACUCUCCCUCAACAUCUUAUCGGCCGGGUACGUCAAGCCCUUGCAGGAUGACAGACAGUUUCUUGAUUCGGACAUGCCUAGCAUUUCCUUGGGAGUUGACCAUAGGACUUUCUACCGCUUUGAGGCUGCCUGGGACAGCUCAAUGCACAACUCUCUGCUCCUAAACCGAGUUACACCAUACGGAGAGAAGAUCUACAUGACCCUUUCAGCCUACUUGGAGAUGGAGAACUGCACACAGCCCGCAGUCAUCACCAAAGAUAUCUGCAUGGUCUUUUACUCUCGGGACACAAAGCUUUCAGCCUCUCGUUCAAUCCGUAAUCUUUUUGGUACGGGAAGCCUAAGAGCGGCUGAUGGAAACCGAGUAACUGGAGUUUAUGAAGUUAGCUUAUGCAAUCUCGCAGACACUGGAAGUCCAGGAAUGCAGAGGAGACGCAGGCGAGUGCUGGACACCUCUGUGGCCUACGUCCGUGGAGAGGAGAACCUGGCAGGGUGGAGGCCACGUAGUGACAGCCUUAUUUUGGAGCACCAGUGGGAGCUGGAGAAACUCAGCCUCCUCCAGGAUGUGGAGAAGACCAAACAUUUCCUCCUGCUGAAGGAGAAACUCCAGUCCACCCUGGUUGCCGGUCAGCAGUCCCUUCAGUCCUGCCUCACAGAGGACCUCAGCGAGUCCUCUGAAGUCGCCGAGGCAGAGCGGGAGGCGGCCUGUGGCUCUGAGAUAACCACCGAGAGGCAGAGGGAGCUGGCUGCCAGGUGUUUGCGGCUGCUCACUCACUCCUUCAACCGAGAGUACAGCCACGUGUGCAUCAGCGCCAGUGAAAGCAAGAUCUCUGAGAUGUCUGUCACGUUGCCCAGAGACGACUCCUCCUUAUCUGCUCUGAACACCAUCAUACCCUCCUCGACGUGUCCCUCACUGGUUGAGGGUUGCUAUAACAACACUGAGCUCAAACCCCCUGCCCCUCGUUCCCAUGCUGUCAGCCCCAGCCCUGAGACGCAGCAGGAAGCAGCUGACAGAAAGGCCGUGAACGCCGGUUCAGACGUCAAACCUCGGACUCGAAGAUCUGUCCCCGAUAUCCAGGAGAUCAGAGUCAGCCCAAUCGUAUCGAAAAAGGGAUACAUACAUUUCUUGGAGCCUCACACCAACGGAUGGGUGAAGCGCUACGUCGUCGUGCGAAGGCCGUACGUUUACAUCUACAACUCUGAGCGAGACACGGUGGAGAGGGCUAUUCUGAACCUCUCCUCCGCCCAGGUGGAGUACAGUGAAGACCAGCAGGCAAUGCUGAAGACUCCAAAUACUUUCGCUGUGUGCACAGAACAUCGAGGAAUAUUACUACAAGCCACUAAUGACAAAGAGAUGCAUGACUGGUUAUAUGCAUUCAACCCUCUUCUUGCUGGAACUAUCAGGUCGAAGCUGUCGAGAAGACGAGCCGGACAGAUGAGGAUUUGAAGGAAACAAAAAAAAUGCAAAGACUGCGAUGUACAUAUAUCCCUGUUCUUAUCAUUCCCAUCGUGCUGAGCCUCGUUUCUACCGUCACCGACAGCCACCUUUCCGCCGUGCAUUCCUCACGCAUCCUAAGCGUCCGUCAGGCUUUAGCCACGUGUGAUUUUUUUUUCCAAAGUGAAGAAACAAAAAAAAUAUAAAACACAUAAAUCAGUCCCUGUAAUGUACCGGCUUUAAUUGGUACCACUGGAGAAAAACGAAGGGAACAGCAAAGGUCUCUCCGGCCUCAGGAGAUUUGUAUGAUACUGUGCCGCAUAUUUUGUCAUUGACGCAUCAAGCAUUAAUAACUUAGAAAACAGACGUGUCAAUAAACGAAGCCGCCGUUCAACUAGCCAGGAUCAUAUCUCUACAUUUGCAUCAUUAAAUAGAAACAAAACAUGUAGGUUCUUACAUGCUUUAUUCUUCUUUGCCUUGAAGUCAGAAAAUACAAGCUUGAAAAUGAUAAUAAAAGACAGCAGAGGGAAUCUGACCUGCUUCCCUUGUUCCAUUAAACUAUUCCAAACUUAAGCACACGCAGCCUGGCAUCUAAACAACACUAUAUCUCAUUUACUCCAGUGUGCGGAUCCAUAUCAUUCCAUCUACUUGUAGGAUUGACAUUUACAUGAAAACUAAAAUCAAACAUCCCCUUAUUAAUCCAAGUAUAAUCCUUUAUCUCUCUCUUUGUUUUUAUUAUUUUGUUUUUAUUUUUAUGUGAUUAUAUUUAGAUUUUUUAACAGCCUAAUUAUUUAUUUCUGCAUGUAUUUAUUUACAAAGACGUUUAUAUUUCUAAAGUAGUACUCAGUGCAAUUUCUGCACAUGGCACUUUUUAAUGAGUUCAUGAAAUAUUUGAAUAAUAAAAUCUUGUCCCUAAGCUUUGCUCUUAAGGUAAAUGAAUACAUUUUCUUUCCUCUCCUUUAAUGUUUAGGUUAGCUUAACUUUCGACUUAACUUAUAUUCACUUUAAGAUUUUGAUCUUGUCAUCCCGUGUAAAAAAAAAAAAAUACACA